AUGACUGCAGUUGAUAAUCUCUCCGACAAAGACAAAGAGUUCUUAGCAGAAUGUGAAGAACAAUUCAAAGAUAGAUAUACUGAAAAAGAUGAAGAGUUCAUGAAAGUGUUUAAUGCUGAAAAAUCUAUCCCUCCUAUUGUGAAAAAUUGGUGGGUACCACAAAACUCAGGACACAGAAAUGAUCGGAGAAACAACAGGCAUUACAAUCCAUAUGAACAAUCAGGGAACAGGAACUACGACAGGAGGGGCAGGAGAGAUUAUCACGAUAAUUAUGAAAGAAGAGGAAACUUCAGUAGGACAGACAACUAUGAGCGUAGAGGUUAUAAUGACUACAACAGGGACAAUGACAAUCGACCGAGUUACAAUAGACCAUAUCGGAAAUAG